AUGGCGGGUUGCGGGUCAACAACCUUGGGCCCUACUGGAACAAUUCGAGUGGCUCAGUCUACUGGAAGGGAAGAUUAUUAUCUCCAGCCAGGGGGUGCGAACUGGAGGGGCACCGGAACUGCCGAGAAGGCAGGAAACGAAGAGGACCGCUCGCGGAAGGAUACUAGCGCUCGCCCUAGGGCUGCCGUGAUUCCCGCUGAUGCCAGGACACGAACCGUUUAA